AUGAAGGAUCAUUUUUCGAUUGUUUAUGAAACAUUACAUGUCAAUGGAUCACGCGGCGAGCUGGAGAACGCUUUGAAGAUCUCAAAGGAAGAUUUGAAAAAGAGAAAUGUCAUCAUCAUUGAUAUCGCCAACGAUAAGAUCAGUCCCAAGGAUUACAAGCAGGACGAGGAUCCCAAGCUUUAUCACUCUGAAAAGACAGGUCGUGGCCCUCUGACAGAUCCUGAAUGGCAAAAGAACGUUGAGCCUGUCAUGACGUGCUAUAAGCUUGUCUACAUUGAAUUCAAAUGGUUUGGCAUCCAAGGCAAGGUAGAAUCCUUUUUGGCAAAGACUGUCCAAACACUGUUCACAAAGUUCCACAGACAGCUGUUCUGCUGGACUGACAAGUGGUAUGGUAUGACUAUUCAAGAUAUCCGUGAUUUGGAGGCACAAACCAAGGAGGAAUUGAAUGCAAAGAGAAACGAAGGCGAAGUGCCUGUCAGUUCUUUAGACGAUAUGUAG